AUGUCAUCAUUUAAAUUGGUUUGUUUGGGAAACCCCCUAUUAGACAUCCAGGUGGAUGUUGAUAAGGACUACUUAGAAAAGUAUGAACUUAAAGACAACGAUGCCAUUUUGGCUGCAGAGAAGCAUCUUCCUAUCUACAAGGAGAUUUUGGAAAUGAAAGGUGUGAAACUUGUUGCCGGUGGUGCUGCUCAGAACACUGCUAGAGGUGCCCAAUAUUUAUUACCCGAAAACUCUGUUGCUUACUUUGGAUCGGUUGGAAAAGAUUUGUACGCAGAGAAAUUGACCGAGGCAAACAAGUCUGUUGGCUUAACAACACGUUAUAUGUAUCAGGAUGAUUUUGCCACUGGUAAAUGUGCUGCUUUGAUUUACAAGAAUAAUAGAUCUUUGGUUACCGAUUUGGCCGCUGCUAACCAUUUCAAGCCAUCACAUUUGCAAAAGCCUGAGAACUGGGCUGUGGUUGAAGAUGCAAACGUUUUCUAUAUUGGAGGUUUCCACUUGACAGUUUCUCCCGAGGCCAUUGAGCUUUUAGGAAAGCAUGCUGCUGACAAAAACAAGAUCUUUAUCCUUAACUUCUCUGCACCAUUCAUUCCUAUCGCAUUUAAGGAUGCCCUUGACAAGGUCCUCAAGUAUGUUGACAUUGUUGUUUGUAAUGAAACUGAGAUUGCUUCUUACGGUGAAUCCCACGGAAUUGAGAGCAAGGACUUGGACGAAAUUGCAAAAAGCAUACUGUCUCUUCCAAAGGCUAACACCAAGCGUGACAGAGUAGUUGUUUUCACUCAGGGCACUGGUCCAACACAUUACCUCACAGCACAGUCUAUCAAAACUUACCCUGUGAAGAAAUUGGAAAGCGACAAAAUUGCAGAUACCAACGGUGCUGGUGAUGCUUUCGCAGCUGGUUUCACUGCUGGUUUGGUUGAAGGAAAAAGCAUUGAGGAGUCUAUUAAGAUAGGGCAAUGGCUUGCUUCUCUUUCCAUCCAGGAGGUUGGUCCAUCGUAUCCUUUCCCUAAGCAAACAUAUUCUGCCUAA